UGUGAAAGACAUUAGAAUAUACUUUAGAAUAUACUUUAGAAUAUUCUUCUAUCCUUAGAAUAUACUUUAGAAUAUUUUAGGAAUAUACUCUAGGAUAUUAUUAUUGUAUAGAAUCUUAUAGGAAUAUUCUAUCUUUGUAAUGUAUAUUUAUAGGGACUUAACCCUCCAAUGAAAUACACAGAAAAUCAUUCUCUCCAUCUUAAAUAUUAUUCUAGUUUAUAUUUCAACAUGGUAUCAGAGCCUUCCAUUUUAGUUUAGUUUUUCAGAUUUCAGUUUAAUUUUCAGACUGGUUUCUUUCUUCAAGAAUCUGAGUUCAGUCUUCAAAUUAUUCAGAACCUUCUUCAGGGAUUUCAGUUGUUUUCAGAUUCUUCAGAACCUCUAGGCAUCGUUCUAUCUUCAAGACAGAUCCUCUACAGAACCUCUAUUCAGAACCUUUGAGAACCUCUCAGUACAGUCCAAACUCUGGUGCGCAUGCCAUCGACACUCAGGUGUUCAAAUUCUGCAGUUCCAAAUUAAAGCCCUUAAUACUCACGCACCUCUGAAGAUAGUCGCAGAUGCCGCACGCGCCGGCUCGUAACACCACUUUUCUGGCCGGAGAUUUGAUCGGUUUCAACAGGCUCGCCUGAGAGUCCUCUACCCCAGAUCUGCGCAUCUGCCUUGGAUUUAAGUUUGGAGUCAACAUUAGCCAAAGCUCACUGCGUAUUUUAUUCUCCCCAAGCCCAUAAACGGGAAAGUUGCCGUAAGCUCAGCUCUUUUUACUUGUUUAAUGAAUAUCUCAAUUUUAUUUUAACCAAAAAAAAAAAAAAAAAAAAAAAGAAAAAAAAAGAAAGAAAAAAUGUUUCGUACAGGUCAAUUUGACAGAGUAAUAUGCAAUUACUGCAAGAAGUCUGGACACUUGCUCAAAGAUUGUAGAAAGUUGGCAUUCAAAAAUCAAGGAAAUUUGAUCGCUCAUGUUACCUCAUCUGAUGGAUCAGUUGCUAUUUCUUCAGACGAGUAUGCUAAAUUUAUUUGCUACCAAGAAUCUCUAAAGCAUUCAUCUACCCCUAUCUCGAUAGUCGCAAAUUCAGGUAUUUCAAACACAUGUCUUGUUUCAUCAUCCUCAAAAUGGGUCAUUGACUCAGGUGCCACAGAUCAUAUGACUGGUAAUCCUAGUCUAUUCUCAUCAUUUCACUCACAUUUACCUGCUUCCAGUGUCACUUUAGCAGACGGGUCCACCUCACCCGUUCUUGGAUCUGGUACUGUUGUACCAACUUCUACAUUACCAUUAUCGUCUGUUUUGAGUCUUCCUAAUUUUGCAUUUAAUCUGCUUUCCAUCAGUAAAAUCACACGUACUCUUAAUUGUUCUGUAACAUUUUUUCCGGGAUAUUGUGUGUUUCAGGAUCUGUUAACGAAGCAUACUAUUGGUCAAGGACAUGAGUCGGGUGGUCUUUAUAUUUUGGAUACAUCAAUUACAAAAGGUAUCUCUUGCCUCGGGGUUGGAAAUCUAUUAGAAGCUCAUUACCGAUUAGGACAUCCAUCUCUCUCACUAAUGAAGCAAUUAUAUCCUCAGUUUAAUAAGGUGUCUUCUAUACAAUGUGAGUCGUGUGAGUUUGCUAAACAUCAUCGCACUAGUUUAAGUCCCCGACUUAAUAAACGAGCAAAUGCUCCGUUUGAUCUUGUCCAUACUGAUGUUUGGGGGGCAUGUCCAGUUGUGUCCAAACCUGGUUUCAAAUAUUUUGUCACUUUUGUUGACGAUUAUUCUCGUAUGACAUGGGUGUAUUUUAUGAAGCGCCGAUCCGAGUUAUUUACUCAUUUCUCUGCAUUUUGUGCUGAAAUUAAAACUCAAUUUAAUGUUCCUGUUCGUGUGUUAAGGGGAGACAAUGCCCAAG